CAAAAAUUAAUUGAAGAGAAGAGAAAGAACCCACUGGAGCGACGGUGAGAGUGAAGAGGGAUAAUGUUGUUAACGGUUAGUGAAGCUUCUUCGGUUAUCUUCAAUCUCUGUACGCUCUCUCGCUCUCCUAAAGCCUCUCCAAAGCCAAAACCGUGGCGUUCGGUUUGCAGGGCGAGCUUUGCUGUUAAUAGAAAGCCCAAGAACCAUCAAUGGAAGCUUGACCUUCCUUUCAACGGUUGUGAUAGCACAGUUUUUGAUCCAUUGCGUAUCCAUCCAGAUGCAUCUCCAGGGUUUAUUGCUCCAUGGGAAAGUUUUCAAGAUUUGUUUUUGCAAAGAUCUGAGAGCACAUCAGGUACAAGAAAGGAGAAAUCUUCCUCAGCUAGGGGAGUGGCAGCUGCGAUUGAAGAUAGUUCCAUUGAUUUUGGUGACUUUUUUAAAGGUCCUCUUCCAGGAAAGUUCCUCAAGUUGUUAGGGUAUCUGGCCUUAUCCCGCCUUGGAAUAUAUGUACCUUUAGGUGGGGUCAACAGAGAGGCUUUCAUUGGUAAUUUGGAUCAGAACAGUCUCUUGAGCACCUUGGAUUCAUUUUCUGGGGGAGGCAUUGGUCGGUUGGGGAUAUGCUCCCUUGGAAUAGUUCCUUUCAUCAAUGCACAGAUUGUAUUUCAGCUGCUUACUCAAAUUUACCCCAAAUUGCAAGAACUUCAGAAAAGAGAAGGCGAAGCAGGAAGAAAGAAAGUUCUUCAGUAUACCCGUUAUGCUUCGGUUGGAUUCGCUAUAGUACAGGCUAUUGGUCAAGUACUUUACUUGCGUCCCUAUGUCAAUGACUUCAGUACACAGUGGGUGCUAUCAUCAGUAACACUAUUGACACUUGGCUCAGUACUCACAACUUACAUCGGAGAGCAGAUAUCUGACCUGAAACUAGGGAAUGGGACAUCUCUUUUGAUCUUCACAAACAUUCUGUCAUACUUACCAGCAACAUUUGGUAGGACUGUUGCACAGGCAUUUCAGGAUGGGAACUAUAUUGGACUUGUUACCAUUGUCCUUUCUUUUUUCCUACUAGUCCUCGGUAUUGUAUAUGUUCAGGAAGCUGAGAGGAAAAUCCCAAUAAACUAUGCUCUAAGAUACAGCAGCAGAAGUGGGGGUCUACAGAAAUCUGCUUAUCUUCCUUUUAAGGUUAAUAGUUCUGGAGUGAUGCCAAUAAUAUUUUCAACCUCAUCAUUAGCUCUUCCUGGUACUCUAGCACGUUUUACUGGUCUAGCUGCUUUGAAAAACGCUGCAGUUUCUUUAAAUCCAGGAGGUGCUCUCUAUCUUCCUACCAAUAUACUACUAAUAGCCUUCUUCAAUUAUUACUACACUUUCUUGCAAUUGGAUCCUGAUGAUGUAAGCGAACAAUUGAAGCGGCAAGGUGCAUCUAUCCCACUCAUCAGGCCCGGGAAAAGCACAGCUGCAUUUAUUAAAACAGUCCUUAGCCGGAUAUCAGUUUUGGGCUCUGCAUUUUUAGCAGUACUUGCUGCUGGUCCAGCUGUAGUUGAGCAAGUUACACACCUAACUGCAUUUCGUGGGUUUGCUGGCACCUCUGUUCUCAUUCUUGUUGGUUGUGCUACCGACACAGCAAGAAAAGUUCAAGCCGAAAUUAUAUCUCAAAAGUACAAGAACAUAGAGUUCUAUGAUCUGGAUAAGUAUGGCCCGCAAUAAACUUUGCAACUUAUGGGUCCACAUGGUUGUAAAUUGCCAUCUGAGGUUGGUAUUUGAUACAGAUGCUGAUGGAUCCGUUUCCACAUUGGAGGUGCAAAACCCAAAUUCCUUUUUGCUUUUCUGAUUUGCAGCUGUUGUACAAGUAUUUUAUUAGCUUGUUUUGAUGUAUAUAAUGUUCCAAACAUAUUCAUUGGCAUUGCACAAAGGGAAGUUUUGAAUCACGUUUGGUGGCUUUCCUAAA